ACUUUAUGUUAUUUUAUUAUAUAAAGUGUAUCUGAAAAAAAAUAGGCAGGAGGUUCCCAAAAAGGAAAGACUGUGAUGACAGAAAGAAUAACAUAUCAUGUUGGGUGAAUCCUAUGUUGUCUGUGUGUGUAUACUAUAUCCAGUUGAGAAAUGGAACUCCUCGUUGCUCCGCCGCCAACAGCACCCACCCGCUUUGCUGAUAGCAACCCAACUACUUGUCCUCCUCCCAACCACCACCACCACCACCACCUUCGACUACCCUUCCUCCGCAACCCCAACCCCAAACACAACCUUUCUCUCUUCCCUCCUCACACUCCUUCACCAUCCCUCACUCCUCAACCCACUCCUUGUAGGGACAACUACUACUACUACGACAACAACAAUCAUAAUAUGAAGAAAAAGAAGAAGAGGAAGAGAAAAGGAGCUACAACCUCACACAUCUUGCAUUUGAUGGAUGCUCUGCCUUUUCCUAUACCCAUUGACAUCUACACCUCUUUGAUCGAAGAAUGCACUCUUUCCCCUGACCCACAAACCGCCAUUGAGCUCCACACCCACAUCGCCCACAGCGGAAUCAAACCCCCCUUGUCCUUCAUCAAUCGAAUUCUCGUUAUGUUCGUUUCGUGCGGUCUGUUGGACUAUGCAUGCCAACUGUUCGACGCAAUGCCCGUGAAAGACUUCAACUCGUGGGCAACCUUGUUCAUUGCUUACUAUGACAAUGCUGAUUAUGAGGAGGCCAUAGAUGUUUUUCUCGCCAUGCUACACCAAUUGGGCAUGUCGGAAUUCCCUCCGUGGAUCUGUGCUUGCCUUCUCAAGGCAUGUGCCUGCAUUGAGAAUAUCCCUCUAGGGAUGCAGGUUCAUGGAUGGUUGUUAAAGUUGGGCGCUUGUGACCAUGUGCUUCUCAGCAGCUCCUUGAUCAGAUUUUAUGGGAGGUUCACGUGUGUUAAAGAUGCAAACGCUGUGUUUAAUAAACUAUCGCGGCAUAACACGUCAACCUGGACGGCUAAAAUUGUGAGCGGUUGCAGGGAAAUGGAUUUCCCAGAGGUUUUUAAUGACUUCAAGGAGAUGGGAAGGCAGGGAAUAAAGAAGGACACUUAUACGUUUUCCAGUGUUCUCAAGGCAUGUGGGAAAAUGAUGGAUCAUGGACGCUGUGGCGAACAGGUCCAUGCUGAUGCCAUGAAACUCGGGUUGGCCUCUGAUAACUAUGUGCAGUGUAGUUUGAUAGCCAUGUAUGGAAGAAGUGGGUUGCUAAGAGAUGCCAAACAGGUUUUUGAGACGAGCCGAAGUGAAAGGAAUGUUGAUAGUUGGAAUGCCAUGCUUAUGGGUUACCUAGAGAAUGGUUUGUACAUUGAGGCUGUUAAGUUUCUGUAUCAGAUGAAGGCAGCUGGAUUGAAACCCCAUGAAUCUUUGCUUGAUAAAGUAAGAAUUGCCUGUGGCAGUGUUACCUACUCAAGCACGAAUUAACUAAUAGCAUGUUUGGAUUUUAACUUUUAUUUCCCCUAAAUCAAUUUUGACGUCCAUAAGCUACUCAUAGAGACUUUUCUCCAUAAUUGAUUUUAACUUUAAAAUCAAUUUUAGAGGGAUUUCUAAACAUGCAUCAAGAAGAAGAUACAUAGACUAUACAGAAAUGAAUAAUGUAAAGUAUUUGCUUAAAACACUCGAGCUUCUGGCUAGUGAUACUUACACAAUGUAAUGUGAGAAAAUUUGUUGCACACUUGGUUAAAUGGCAAGAUAUGAAAAUUUGUUACACAA